UCGCUCCGCAUUUGAACCAGCACCUCUCCCAUCUCCAACCCAUUGACACCCUCCCAGCGCGGCCAUUACCAUGUCUCAAUAUGUCGGCCGCACGCGGCUCGCCUACACACGAAGCUGGCACCUCACAGACCUCCGCACCGAUCCCCGUCCCCUCGGCCGUCUAGCCUCCCAAAUCGCCAUAACAUUAAUGGGAAAACACAAACCCAUUUUCGACCCCUCAACCGACUGCGGCGACUACGUCGUCUGCACAAACUGCCACGAUCUCCACACCACAGGCAAAAAAAUGCAGAAAAAGAAAUACUAUUCGCAUACGACGCGGCCGGGGUCUUUGAAGGAGAUUACGAUGGAGAAGAUGAUGGCGAAGUGGGGAGGUGGAGAGAUUUUGAGGAGGGCGGUGAGGGGUAUGUUGCCGAAGAAUCGGUUGAGGGAUGUGAGGAUGGGGAGGUUGAAGUGUUUUGAGGGGGAGGAACAUCCUUAUAAGCAGAAUUUGUGGAGGACGGGGGAGGGGAGGAGUGUUGGGAAGGUGGAGAGGGCGGUGAGGGAGGCGAGGGCUGUGUGUGUUGAGGAAGCAGGGAAGAAGGAAUUGACUGGGAGUGGGCAAUGACGGAGAUGAGAGAGAUGGAAAGCAUUUCGAGAUCACUAUUCUCCAAUCCUCGCGCCGAGCACCGGUGGGCCGCACAUCAAAAGGCAGGAUCGUGCGUGUUCGAGGGGGGCACUGAUAUUGCCGCUGGGGAGGUCAAAGGAUUAGAAGACAAACAGGGGAAGGCAUCGCAGUCAGGCAUCGACAUCGCUUGCAUCGAUGACUGUCAUGGCGUGACUUGACGCGAGCCAUUGUCAGAU